CUCCCCUCUUUCUUUCUAAAUAUGUUUUAAUAUAUCAUUUUAUUUGUUAUCUCACUGCAAUUUUCCCUGCGUACAGUGAAUUUCGCCAUCUCUGCAUAUCUUUUCUUUUGCCGUAGUGUUCAGCUAGGCAAUUUGUCAAAAUUUUCUGCUUCAUUAAUUUUAACCCAAAAUAUUUAAAUUACCCGGCAGAGAUGCCGGCCGCCGGCGAUGAGUGUGGCUGUGCAGAGAUAGCCAAUCACUUUUCCGACGGUAUUUCCUAGACCAAAACUUAAUUUUCCCACAUCACCAAAACACUUGUCACCUCGAAAACUGCGAACCAAACCCUCACGCAGCUCACACUCGCCACCUCGAAAAAAGCGUCUUCUUCUUCUUCUUCUCAUCAAUGUCUAACGCAAACUCACCUCCGACCAACGCUUCCCCGGAAUCGGCGGCGGCCGGCGCCCUGAGCAAGCGGUACGAAGGCCUGGUGGCCCUCCGCACCAAGGCGGUGAAGGGGAAAGGUGCCUGGUACUGGGCACACUUUGAGCCCAUUCUUAUCAGGAACCCGGAGACCGAUUUUCCGACGGCCGUGAAGCUCAGGUGCACCCUGUGUGAUGCGACAUUCUCCGCGUCAAACCCCUCGAGGACCGCCUCAGAGCAUCUCAAGAGAGGGACCUGCCCCAAUUUCAGCUUCACGAUGAAGCCAAUUUCUCAUCUGCCGCCUUUGGCCUCGCCGUCUUCACACCGCAAACGGAGCUUGGAAUCCCAACAAGCUGCAGGUACUUCUUUAGAUGUAAAUCCUAUCAACGUUAUUUAUUCAUCAAGAACCAGCCAUGAAAUGGCCUUUUGGCCGGCCCAAAGUGCACAGACCCAAAAAUCGAACCCGAAGCCGCCGAUUCUGUCCGGCGGCCAAGAAGAUUUAAGGCCUCUGGCCCAAUUGGAAGACAGUGUCAAGAAGCUCAAGAUCCCAAAAUCUCUAUCUAUUCCCACUCUAAGCAAAGUCCAAAUCGAUACAGCUUUCGAACUUUUGGCCGAUUGGUUUUACGAGUCGUGCGGCUCUGUCACAUUCUCGAGUGUUGAGCACCCAAAAUUCAAUGCUUUUCUUAACCAAGUGGGCUUGCCCGAGUUCUCGAAAAGAGAAUUCUUGUGCACAAGGCUCGACUCCAAGUAUGCUGAAGUGAGAAGUGAGUCAGAAGCCAGAAUUAGUGAUGCAGCCUUUUUCCAAAUCGCCUCUGAUGGGUGGAAAAGUAAUAGUUCAAAAAAUGGAGAUAAAUUUCUGGUUAAUUUUAGUGUAAACCUUCCAAAUGGGACACGUGUGUUCCAGAAGGCGGUGUAUUUGAAUAAGGGCACUUUACCAUCACAGUAUGCGAAGGAAGUUAUGUGGGAUGCUGUUCAGAGUAUAUGCGGCAACAAUGUACAGAGAUGUGUAGGGAUUGUUGCUGAUAAGCAUCGACAAACGGCUUUAAAAAAUUUAGAGCUCGAGAAUAACUGGAUGGUCAAUGUGUCUUGCCAGGUUCAGGGAUUCCUUAGUUUGAUCAACGACCUCAUUACAGAACUCCCGCUUUUUAGUUCCGUAAAACAAAAUUGCCUGAAAAUCGCAAACCUGAUUAACCACCACCCGCACGUCCGAAGAUGCAUCCGCAGCUUAGGAUUCGAGUGCUACGCCAGUUUUAUUCGAGUAUUUUCCUCUAAAUGCAACGCCUCGAAAAAUUUCAUCCCGUUUAUGGCGAUGCUGGAGGAUUUACUCACUUGUUCCCAAAUUCUGCAUCUUCUCGUUUCUGAUGAAUCAUAUAAAGCCCUCUGUUUAGAUCACAUUGCCGCCAGGGAAGUUGCUGACAUCAUUCAUGAUGCGGGAUUCUGGAAAAACGCAGAGGCCGCUCGUUUUCUUGUGAUGCAAGUAAUGUCGAUGGUUAAAGAGAUGGAGACAGAAAGGCCGUUAAUCAGCCAAUGCCUUCCCCUUUGGAACGAGCUUAGGGCGAAAAUUAAAGAAUGUUGCGCCAAACACGGUCUUAUCGAGGGGCCCGUCGAGCGUAUAAUCGAGGCCCGUUUUGCGAAAAACUACCACCCGGCAUGGCCAGCUUCGUUCAUUCUCGUCCCGCUAAAUUUAGUGAAGGACGAAAACGGAAAAUAUUUGCCGCCGUUUAAUUUGCUGACGAGUGUGCAGGAAGAGGAUGUCGAGAGGCUUGUAAUUCGGUUGGUACCCAAAGAGGAAGCUGACGUGUCGUUAAUGGAGCUCGUGAAGUGGAGGUCGGAAGGUCUCGACCCGUUGUAUGCUCAGGCGGUUCAAGUCCGGCAAAGGGAUAAUUUGACGGGAAAACUGAAGAUUGCUAAUCCGCAGAUUAGUCGGCUCGUGUGGGAGAGUUGCUGCUUGAAGGAGUUGAAGUCGCUUAGUAAAGUAGCUGUGAGGCUUCUUUUUUUACAUGGGACUGCGUUUGGGUUCGAGUGGGACCGGGCCUCAAUGGGGUGGUUUUGUGGGCUGGGGCCGGGGGUGGGCCUUGAGAGGGCCCAGAAGAUGGCUUACGUGGCGGUCCAGGCAAGGCUGGGGAAGAGGGAUGUUUUGGGUGGUGAGGAGAUGGAGCUUUGUGAGGAGGAAUGUGUGGUUGAGGGGUUUAUCCGGCCCUUUGUAGUGGUAUGGGAGGUGAAAUCAUCGAUAAUGGAGGCGAUGCUCGCAGUUGCCCGGAACAAUUUAGAACCUGAUUUUGUUGGAUUUGGCACUGUUCGUGCACUAACUUGUCAUUUCAGCUCCCAGCAUCAAGCAAUAGAUAUUAAACACAAGUUGAUGAGUUCUAUCCCUAAAUUCGUAAAGAUAGUCGAAGUUGGUCCACGAGAUGUGCUGCAAAACGAGAAGGAAAUUAUGCCAACUAAUGUGAAGGUGGACUUGAUAAAAAUGCUCGCAUCUUCUAGUUUGUCUGUCGUUGAAGCUACUAGUUUUGUUUCACCAAAAUGGGUAUCUCAUGUAUUUGCUAAGGUGUUGUGGUUCUCUUAUUUGCUAACAAACAGGAUCUUCCUGGAGCACUUGCUGAUGCUUCGAUAAGUGAGGCCUUAGAGUUGCACAAGAUUAAGAACUGUCAAUGGUCUAUUUUUGGUGGUUGUAUAUUUCUAGCUUUUCUUUUGGUUUGCCUUUUCCUUCUUUUUGGGUUUUUUUUUAUCCCUUGGUCUUUGCUGUAAUCCCAGGUGGAUUCUCAUUUGUAAAUAAUACCAAUAAUGUUUGUAUUCAGUACAUUUUUUUAAUUAAUUAAUACCUACUUUGGUCUAUGGAAA